GCGUGCUGCUGAAACAAAAUUGCGCUGCGCAUGAAGCCUCAGAAUCUACAUUCCAAGUCCCAACAUUCUAGCUGUUAUAGUUUCCGAGACCUCAGCAUUCAUACGGACGGAGACGAAGAUACGGAAAUGACAAAUCUAAUAUACUAGUGACGAGUAUGAAAACUGCAAAACCAAAGAACUUUUUAUACGGCUUAAAUAGCACGACAUAUAUAUAGUCAAAGCGGAGGUGCCCAGUUUGAUGUUGAAUUUCCCAUACACAGAAUUUACUCUUUUAAGAAAUGCGCAUGGCUAACCUAUUGAUGAGCACAUAAACUGGAAACGUCUCAAGUCUAACGGUUUCACUGGAAUGCGUUCUACUAUGAGGUCAACAUGUCUAAAUCGCCAUCAAAUUCUUAUGGGCUAAAAGCUAACGACGCAGCAACCGAGUAUGAGACAGGGAAGGCCACGAAGCACACCUCUGGUCCUGAGUCUUCACCCAGGACUCUCCCACCAGAGCGUGAGGACACGUUAGAGUACUUCAUAAAGUUUCCCAAGCCUACCUCUGAAAACGAGUUUGUACUUGCAAACGCCAACGACAGUAAGGACAAAAACGUGCCCAUCGUAAUGCUGCUGGGAUGGGCAGGCUGUCAGGAUCGAUAUUUGAUGAAAUACUCGAAAAUUUAUGAGGACCGGGGUCUUAUAACAGUUCGGUACACGGCUCCGGUAGACACCUUGUUUUGGAAACGAUCUGAAAUGGUCCCUAUUGGAGAGAAAAUCCUGAAACUGAUUCAGGAUAUGAAUUUUGAUGCACAUCCUCUGAUAUUUCACAUAUUUUCUAAUGGCGGAGCCUUCCUGUACCAACACAUUAACCUUGCUGUAGUUAAGCACAAGUCUCGACUGCAAGUUCGCGGCGUCAUUUUUGACUCUGCUCCUGGAGAGCGAAGGAUGCUCGGCCUUUACCGUGCAAUCACAGCCAUCUAUGGAAGGGGAAAGCCAUGCAACUGCCUGACAGCACUGGUCAUAACCAUCACCCUCAGCAUAAUGUGGUUUGUAGAGGAAUCAACUUCUGCCUUUAAAAGUCUAUUUGUGCAAUCAUCACCGGUACGCUCGAGUCCAUUUUGCGAGCUGAAAAACGAAACCAAUAAGUACCCACAGCUCUUUCUGUACUCCAAAGGUGACGUCGUUAUCCCCUACAGAGAUGUUGAAAAGUUUAUUCGACUUCGACGCGAUCAGGGUAUCAAGGUAUCUUCGGUAUGCUUCAAAGAUGCCGAACACGUAAAGAUCUUCACUAAGUACCCAAAACAGUACGUCCAGAGUGUGUGUAAUUUUAUAAGAAACUGUAUCGCAAUACCUGCUUUAAAGGUUACUCCUAAUUGUGAGCCCUCAGAAAAAAAGUAUUGCUUAAACCGAAAGUACGAUUAGCACACAAGAAAAAGAGCACAACUGUAUCCAAGUCAGACGUAGCUAUUGAAAUCUUAUAACGCUUGCUAUAGAAACGAAUUUUAAUGCCAAACUAUAAAACUAACACUUGCAAAUAUUUCUGCUCAUUUUGUUUUUUCAUAAUAUACUAGUAGUCUCCGCCACGAGGCAGCUCGCGAUUAUCAUUAUUGGUAUUAGAGGAAGAAGACCACAACAUAAACUGAUCGUUGGUCAAUCCAUUUUAGAAAAAUAAAGUAUUUUUGUAUAAUAUGACUUUCCGAGAAAAUUUCUAUACAUACGAGUAUAGGGCCUUUAUUUUCAUUUUGGCGCUUUAUUAGUUACCUUGUGCUCCCCGUACCAAUGACCACCUUAAAUUGGAUACAAUUUUGCUGCUUAUAAAGGUAUUUCGGCCGUUCUUUUACAAACCAAACUGAUUUCAUAAAAAAUAUUUUUUCAUAAUUUAGAUUUUCCUUUAGAAAAUGGUACAUAUACUAUUCGUUAAGUAAUUUAACACGUGUGUCAGGAUUUGGCCGGUCAAAUUAUUUUGUUAUUAUUUGUUAGAAACGUAAAAUUUUAAAAAAACUACCCGUGCUUAAACAUAAAAGAU